UCCAUGUUUGUUGUCGUCAAGCGACCGACCUCUCCGACGUCAUCAUUGUGCGCGACGUGUGCUGUUUUGGGCAAACGUAUCCGUAUCGCUUUGCUCGAAGACCAGAGGAGCGGUUUUCUUAAAAAGACGGGAUGCCUCUACCUGCGGCACUGCUGGCCCGCUUGGCCAAGAGAGGGAUUGUUAAACCGACAGACCAAGAGGCAGAUGAGGAGAUUAUUGCUGAAGAUUAUGAUGACAACAAUGUAGAUUAUGAAGCUACCAGACAAGAGAAUCUACCACCAAACUGGUACAAAGUGUUUGACCCUGCUUGUGGUCUUCCUUAUUACUGGAAUGUCGAGACAGAUUUGGUUGCCUGGCUUUCCCCAAAUGACCCAUCUGCAGUGGUGACAAAACCCGCAAAGAAAAUAAGAGCUGAUGGAGGAGAUGAAAGAGUUGAGAGGACAUUUGAGAAGCCAGACAGAGAGCGAGACCGGGAACGUGAAAGAGAGAGAGAACGGGAAAGGGAUCGGGACAGAGACAGAGACAGAGACCGAGAGAGGGACGACGUGAGGGACAGAGACAGAAGAAAACAGAGGAGAGAAGACAUGGCACCGUACAACAAGGGUAAAAGAGGUAGAAAAGACGAUGAGAUGGACCCGAUGGAUCCAAGUGCUUAUUCUGAUGCUCCAAGGGGCUCGUGGUCAACUGGCCUGCCCAAACGUAAUGAAGCAAAAACAGGUGCAGAUACCACAGCCGCGGGGCCUCUGUUCCAGCAGCGGCCGUAUCCCAGUCCAGGAGCUGUUCUUCGGGCUAACGCAGCCAACCAACUGCCCAAAGAGUGAUCCAAGAUCCCACCAAGACAGCAACUCACAACUCUUCUGUUUGCUUCCAGUCCUAAACAUUGCUACUACAGACUGACAGUAUUUCUCUUCACAUUAAAUAUGUAUACGUCAGAACAGAAGGGCUGAGCUUUUGGAGCAGCCAGUUCAUUUGUACUCUUGUCAAACAUGUAGAGCAGCUGUAAAUAUGUUUUUAUAUGACCAUACUUUCUUGUUGUUACUAGAACCAUCAAUUAACUUGAUAAUAAAUUUAAAGACUACUGUGAAAA